AUGCUACAUGGACCUUUCAAAUGUGGACUCUGUGACAAGGAGUUUUUUCUUCGGAGAACGCUCAUUGUCCAUUGGAGGCGACAUAUGGCGGGCCCGACCUUCUCUUGUUACCUGUGUCCGAAAGCAUUUUACCUGAAGACCCGAUUAGCGAGCCACCUUCGGUUACAUGUGUUCACUGAUGUUUCAAAAGAGUGGAGGCGGAAGAAAAAAAAAGACAAAAUGGAUAUCGGCGACAGCCCUUGCCGUCUUCCCAAAUUGGUGCCUUUGUAUGUGAACAAGUCUAAGAUCUCUGACGAUAGUUACUGCUCAGAAGCGACACCUCUGAAGGUUAUUACUACAUCCAGGAAGAGUGCAAGUGAUGACACCCAAGGUGCACCCCGGAUAUACCGUUGCAUUCCAUCCGGUAAAAAUAACAAUAUUUAUGUUGAGGUGGGUGCCGAGGGCAUGCCUGGCCUGGAACCACCCCGAGGGAAAAUGGGUGAAAAGGUGAGCAUGACUUACCAGCAAGUUGUCUCUCGGGUCAAAGAGAUUGUUCUAAAGAGAAGUGCAAAAAAUACAGCAACAGAUAAAGAAGUUGAAGCAGCAUCAGCUAAUCAACCAUUGUUCCAGUGCGACAUAUGCAAGAAAAGCUUUGCCAGAAAUCUAUCCCUGAAGGUCCACCAAAAAUCUCACCGUAGUUCUUCAAUUUCUGGCAGCAGCAACAGCACAACGAUGACUUCAACAAAUGUCUCACCCCAUGAGGACCCACCCAAACAAAAUUUUGGGCCUUUCCCUUACUGUAAUUCAUCAAUGAAAAUAAUUGUUGCCUGUUCUCGUUGCGGGGAGAGAAACUUCAAGUCUCUUGAGGAACUAGAGCGCCAUGUUUGUUCGGAACUUAAAGCCAAGAAUCAUACCUGUAACAUCUGUGGGAAACAUUUCAAAUUUAGGUGUCGUUUAACCACACACAUCUUAAAACAUCAGCACGUGAAACCAUGUCGAGUGCCAUGUCUCUAA